CUCUCUUUAUUCAUCUAAAGUUCAAUCUUAUUUGUAUUUUUUUUUUUUGAUUUAAAUGGAGUCUGGAGGAGCCAUUUUCGAAAAUGAAUGGAGUUCUUUUAAUGCUAUGUACUCUAAUGAAGAGUCUCAGUUCAUGGCACAAUUGUUCAAUGACUCUUCUGUUUCUGGUGAUUUUCAUGCAGGCUCAGGCCUUAUUUGGCCUGACCAUGACUUAAAGGGUGCCAAUGCAGUUGAUAUAGAUUCGAUUAAUGCUAGUAUCUGUAGUAAUUAUGAUAGCUAUUGUACAGCCGGUGAUUGGAAUCAAAUGCUGGUGGCAAAUACUGAUUCCAUGUCAUCGGAUUACUGCAUCAAGGAAGCUGGUGAUGUUCUGGAGAGUAACGGCUUUUUGAGCCGAGACAUGAUCAAGGAUAGUUGCAUUAUGGAGGAAGCUCCACCAGAGCCACGCAAAGAAAUUGAGUUUAAGCAUCCGGUGCAGAAGUCUAAGAAAAGAUGUUGCAACACGGGAGAUACAGUUCAGAAGAACAAAAGAUCUGUGAAGCCGAGGAAGAACCAGAAGCUUGACUUGAGUAACAAAAUUAAGGACAAAGAUAUAAAGGGUGAGGCUGCUAGACAAAGCUUGAGCAGCUACAGCUCAGACGGUGAGAAUGAACCUAAUGCUGUAAUUGGAGGACUGUCGCUGGCUUCAAGUAAUUCAGAGGAUGCACUAGAUGGCACAAAUGGCAAAAAAACACGAACCAAAGGAGGCAUAGCUAAUGAUCCGCAAAGUAUCUAUGCAAGGAAACGAAGAGAAAGAAUAAAUGAACGACUAAGGACGUUACAGAACCUUGUGCCCAAUGGAACGAAGGUUGACAUUAGCACAAUGCUCGAAGAGGCUGUGCAGUAUGUUAAGUUCUUGCAACUCCAAAUUAAGCUUUUAAGCUCUAACGAUCUAUGGAUGUAUGCUCCUAUUGCUUACAACGGGAUGGACCUUGGCUUAGACAUGAACGUCACCAUGCCAGGAAGAUGACAAUCUCAAUCUUGGAACAAACUUGAUUGUGCUAAAUCACAGUUUCACAGAUGUAGUAUUACAUAGCCUAUAAACCAUUCUUUGACAAGGGAAGAGUUUUCUUUAAACUAGAUGCAUCUCCGAGGACUCCUGCUGCCAUCACUCUGUCGCUAAUAACAGAUUCAACAUUUCAUUUGCCUUAUUGAUUGGCGGCUGAAUACUGCCCAACAGAUCUUGUACAAGCUAAUUAUUUGUGUUCCAAACAUUUGUAUUAUCAGCUUUUCAGCUAUAUGAACAAAGGUUUCUACUUUAUGUUA